UAUCCCGGACACCAGUCCCCUCUAGUCCCUUACAGUUCUACUUCUUUGUCUCAGAAUAAGUAUGGCUUUCCAACCUAUGAUAUCCCAAAUGACGACGGGGGCUCUGCUACCCACAACGCUAUGCUAUCAGCUCAGCUUCUUGCUUGUAGGGCUAGACGAGCACUUGCAGCUGCAAGCGAUGCCGAUGAGGCUGAGCUGGAUGCGAAUCAACUUCCGGAUGUGGAGCGCACCUUGGUUUUCUCAAAACCGCCACAUCAGCGACUUGAAAGUCAAUUGGUGGAAGUGGAAGUUGAUCAAAUAGAGGAUCUGGAGGAAUCCAAUCUCCAGAAUUUGAUUGAUGAUAUUGCACAGGCAAGAUAUUUAUUUAAUUAA